AUGGACGAAGAAAUUGACAAGACGCUGAACGGAGCCGGAAAUUUCCAGCAUUGUCACAUUGAUGCAACAAACCAAAUUCGAUUACUGCGCAUCCAGUACGACAAGGUGCGGAACACAAUCAGCUAUGGUUUGGAGGCGUUCCCCAUCGCGGACUUGUCUCGCAUACAAUACAAAGCGCUCUCAUAUACCUGGGGCUGCGCGCACAUCCUAGAUGAUGUCCGAGAGAUUUGGAUCGACGGCCAGUCAUUUUUUGUGCGCCGAAAUCUUUGCGAAUUCUUGACUGCGGCUGCGAAGAGAGGUCAUCAAGGGCUCAUCUUCAUUGACGCCAUCUGCAUUUGCCAGGUCGACGACGAAGAGCGAAACCGUCAAGUAGAACACAUGGCCCGCAUCUUCUGUAACGCCCAUGAGGUAAUAGCAUGGCUCGGAUUCCUAGAUGAGGCUCAGCUCGAGAACGUGCAAGCUCUGAGCCACACCAAAGACAGAGAAUGCACCCUUUGGACGCCUAGACAAUGGAGGGGCUUCCGAUAUAUUAGCUACCACGCUUUUUGGACUCGGGUGUGGAUAGUGCAAGAGGUUCUGCUUGCAAAGAAGAUGACCGUUUGGUGUGGCGCGUUCACAUUUCCUCUGAGCCUUUUCGCAGGGUCAUCAAGUUCGCAAAAUCUCAAGACAACAUUUAACUCUUGUGGGAUAACAGCAACGACUGCGAAUGUUACUUCGCGCUUGAUCAGCCCGGCAGAGACCAUCGUCAAUGACAGACUCCGUCAAGUCCUACGGCCUAUCAGAGACCCGCUGGCUGAGGGGACCUGUGUAGGAACUUUAGAAGAAAUGACGGCAAACCUGAUAAAACCUACGAUGGCCGUCGAAACCUAUCAGGCAAGGACUCCUGAUCUUUUGUACCAUGUCAUUCGCAAGUUCGGCAAGCUAGAAUGCUCCGAUCCCAGGGACAAAUUGUAUGGAUUCCUUGGAAUUCUAAACGAACGCAGUAGGGAAAGGGUGGUACCGGAUUAUACCAAGGACGUCAGGUAUGCCUUAUACCAGGCGCUGAGACUGGGUAUUGAAGAGCUGUACUGUGAACACAGCUCUGUAACCCAGCCUUUUCGAAACGUCCAUGCCAACGGCGCUUACUUGGGAUACUACUGCGACGUCCGCGAUGCGUUCAACAUGGAUAAUGACGAAACUAUGCCAAUAUUGCGCCAGGUCUUGCUCGAGCUUCGCUUCGAUAUUCAACUACAGGACGCUACUACAGGACUGCAGUGGCGACGGCAGAUUGGGUGGGACGAUAUUGAAAGUCGGUCAAUGUGGGACUUUCAGGCAGUGGUCGCCUUUGCAAAACCGAGGGAAUCCAAGCCACAAGGUGCAUCAUCUAGAUCAAAUUGGUUCAGGAGUCGUUCAAGGCAUUACAAGGGUUGGAUACUCGAGAAGCCGCGGGAGGCCAUGCGCAUCGAUGAAAUGUAG